AUUUUCCUGGAAGUUAUCAGAUAUCCUUCUAUCAUUUUUAUCUAUCCUUUCUUGCUUUUUCCUUUCAACAACUUCUUUUACUCUCUUAUUUAUACGUCUAAAGUUUGCCUUUUUUCUUUCAAUCUCAUCAUUCAUACCGCCAGAAUUACCAGCUUUAGUUGCUAGUAAAUCUAUGUAACAUAAUGUUAUAUGUAACAUAAUUAUGUAACAUAAUUUUAAAUAAUAAAGUAGACCUGUGCUGUUGCUACGGAGGCAGGGCAGACAUGGCAAACGCUCUGUCCCGGUGAAAAUGUUCCACUGAAAGAUAACCAACAAAAACAGUGGGAUAUUCCGUUGGUACAUAGCGUGCUGAAAGAUUUGUUUUUUAAUUUCCAUAGUAACCAAGAUAAGGCACGCCUUCUAGCUGUUUCCACUAAGGAAUUUAGUCACUGGUUACACGCUUUACCAUCAAGUAAUCUCGACACAUUACUUGAUGAGGAAAGUUUGCACUUUGCCGUAGGAAUCCGACUAGGAGCAGCGAUUUGUCAACCCCAUCAGUACCCCUGUGGUAGCAGCGUCGACAAGUUUGGGCUCCACGGACUUUCAUGUAAGAAAAGUGCUGGUAGGUUUUCACGGCAUAGUUCUUUGAACAAUGUCAUAUGAAGGGCUCUUGUAUCUAUAAAUGUUCCCUCGGUUUUAGAGCCUUGUGUAAUAUUUAGAUACGAUGACAAGAGACCCGAUGGUAUGACAUUGGGCCCUUGGGAGAGGGGUAAAGCCCUAGUGUGGGAUGCUUGGCCUUUCAUUUCAGGGGUACUUGUAUCCAGGGCGGCAUCAGAGGCAGAUAAACUGAGUAAGUGGCGCAAAUAUGAGUCUCUGAGAGAUGAUUACAUAUUAGUGCCAUUUGCUUUAGAGACUAUCGAUCCGUGGGGUCCACGUGCGGUGAAGUUCCUAAAGGAACUCCAUCCGCGGCUGGUCGUUGCUGCUAGUGAUAAGAGGGCUGGUUCUUUUCUCGCUCUAAGACUAAGUAUAGCCAUUCAGCGGGUUAACGCAGCCAGCGUUCUUGGCACGAUACUGCGGGGAGUAGGACUAUAUGAUUAUAAGUUACUAGUUUAUUUUUAAAAUUAUUAUUAUAGUUUUUAAUAUUGUAUUGUGUUGUUAAUACAAAUUGUACUCUUAACUUUAGAAUCUGCAGUUGCUAUUAUUCAAUAUUAUGUAAUUUCUAUUCUUAGAAGUCUUCAUUCUAGAGAAGUAAAUUAUUGAUAAUAAAUUUUAAUCAUCUAUAUCAUUUAGUAGAUUAUAGACCACGAACUUUAACAGGAGCUAUCAGAGUAAUAACUUUAGUUACUGGAAUAAUUAAAUGAUUCCAUAAUUAUAACAUAAACUUAAUAAUUUUAGGCUAUAUAUAUAUAAGUUAAAAGCAGGUAGCCCAGGAGCGUGCUUUGUGGCAUUCCUUGGGGAAGGCCCACGGUCCGCAGUGGACGAUGAUAUAAUUCUUCUGUACGCUUGUCACUAAACUCCUUCUAAGCGGCUAGACCAAUUUUUGAUGAAAUUUUUGUGUGUGUUUAUAAUAUAAUCCGUUAGGUGGCGCUUAUGUCGAGAUCCAGAAAUCACCUGCACGAAGUCAGGGAGGAUCGCAAGUUUUUUAUAACGUUGAAAUAACAAACGAACGAACAUAAAGUCUACCUGAUAGUGAGUGGCUUCUACAACCCAUGGACACCUGUGACCAACUAGAAAUAAAGAAAGCGAUAGGUAGAUGUUUUGUCUCCUUUAAGGACUAUGGAAUGCCUCACCGUAUGUAAUUAUAGUUGCUCUCUAUAUCUUUCAGAGACUGUGUUUUUGACGCAUCAGUGCACCCACUGUUAUUUGGUGGCAGAAAUAAUAAAGAUUUUUGUACCUACCCUAGACAGAUAGAGAGGUAUAUAGUAUAUCCGAAAAGUAAACCACUCAAACCACUCUGGGUAGGCGGUAAUGAUGGCGGAACUUUUCAAAAACUGCAUAAUUAGAAAAUCUUACAUAAUUUUUCAUGGACAACUUAUUGCUGAAAAAUGUAAUAAAAAAAUUAUGGUCUCGAGGAACUAACAGUAGCAUUUUAAAUGCACCUCGGAUAUAUAGACAAUGGCAAGUAAGAGUUGAAAGGUUAUUUUGGUAGUUAAAAUUGUUCUCGUCUCAUCAUUAUUAUGGCGUAUCAUAAGUCCAUUGCUGAACAUAGGUCACCUUUAAAAAUCUAAAUCUUCGAUUAAGGAGCAAAAUGUAGAUGCGAUGUCACCCCUGAAUACUAAGAUGGAAUGCUUCGUUUCAAGCAAAAAGAGUCUCCGGUUCUCUACUCUAUACGAAACGCAGCAGCAUGAAGCAUUUUACGCCGGUAUUCUGUAGGAACGUGGUUCUUCCCCAGUCGCGCCGACCCAUUCGUGCUCCAAUCAUAAUAUCUGCAGCAUGGCUCUACCACGUACAGGUAGAAACAUUUAAAGAACCUCUUCAAUAGUAUGUGGAUCACGCCGCUGUGUGCUGUGCUACAACACACCCAGCUGCGUCAAAAUAUUUCUUUAAUAACUUAUUCGUAAAGACAAAUCUAGCUUUCAUGGUACCCUAAAAGAUCCAUGACCAGCUUCUAACUUGUUGAUAAAGAUUUUUUUAAUAGGAUAAGGGUGACAAACGUGCACACAGUCCACCUGCUGGUAAGUGGUUGCUGCGGCCCAUAGACAUCUACAUCUACCCUCUAUUACAAAUCUAAAUGCAGAUAGAUUCGUUGUCACCCGUGAGGACUAAGAUGGUAUGCCUCAUUUCCAGUAAAGAGCGUCUCCGGUUCUCUACACUUACCAUACGAAACACAGCAGCGUUAAGCUGCUAUUUUACGCUGGUAUUCUGUGAGAGCGUGGUUCUUCCCCGGUCGGGCCGACCUAUUCGAGCUACAACUAUACUACUAAUAUAGCUGCAGCAUGGCUCUACCACGUAUGAAAACGAAAGAUAAACGCCUAUACGUAUUUAAUUCCAAUGAAUGUAUUAUUUGUUUUUAUUUUUAGAUAGUUUAAUUAUUUGUGUGUGUUAAUUCACUUUUUUAUAUCCACAGAAUGUACUAUGUGUACAUUGCUCAGCAGGGGUCGGCAGAACGGGCACAUUUAUUGUUCUGGAUAUGCUCAUCGAUAAAAUUAAAAUGUCUGGUUUUGACUGCGACAUAGACGUUCACAACACAGUGAAAACGGUGCGGUCACAAAGAAGAGGCAUGGUACAGAACAAGGCUCAAUACAGAUUUAUUUAUCUGGCGUUGCAAAGUUACAUCGAUAACAAGAGCAUAAAGAAAAAGAUUUACACUACGGAAGCUUAAGCAACGACAACAAUACCGGACCAAAGUACAUAACGUAAAAGACUUAAUAUACGGGAAGUGAUUUUUUUAUUUAAGAAAUAUUAAUAUUUUUUUUAUUUAACACUCAAGCAUAUUUAAUGCUACGACAAUCGUUUAAGAUUGUUCAAUGAAUAUAAUUCAUACUACAGUAAUUGUGAUUUAUAUAAUUAGUUUUAUAAAUAUAUGUCUCAAAAUUUA